AUGGCCGCCCCAACCUCCCUACCUCCCAUCGCCUACCCAGGCCUCCCCCUCGGCCCCUCCACAGCCUACACGCCCGGUCCCGGAACGCACCUCCACGCCCCCUCAUCGACCAUCCACGCCUCCCUCGCCGGCCGCCCCGUCCUCACCCCCCAAAAGCCACCCGCCUCCAACCCCACCAUCUCCAUCCCCCGCCUGCUCCCCCCGCCCGCCCGCGCGCCCGUGCCGUCGGCGAACGUGGGCAACACGAACACGCUGCCGCGCGUCGGGAGCGUGGUGCUGUGUCGGGUGGUGAGGGUGCGGACGCGGCAGGUCGAUGUGGUGAUGCUGGCGGUGGGCAGGGAGGACGGGGGAGGGGGGGAGGAUGUGUGCGGGGAUGAGUGGCAGGCUGUGGUUCGGAAGGAGGAUGUGAGGGCUACGGAGAAGGAGAAGGUGGUUUGUGGGGACGGGUUCAGGGUGGGGGAUGUGGUUAGAGGUGUUGUGUUGGGCACGAUGAGCAUGUGGCUGUUCAACGAUGAUGGGGAUGUGGGAGGGGCCAUGGCUGACGUUGUACAGAUCAGUCUGGGAGACCAGUCGAAUUAUUAUCUGUCUACGGCGAGGAACGAGCUUGGUGUCAUCAUGGCGAGGAGCGAGGCCGGGAACACAAUGGUUCCGAUCAGCUGGAAGGAGUUUAGGGAUCCGAUUACGGGAGAGAGGGAGAGUAGGAAGGUCGCGAAACCUUUCUGA